AUGAAAACACAAGCUAUAAUCCUUUUCAUCUUCUUUGUAUCAUUGGUUAUGGGAGGACAUCAUGAAAAGCAACAUGCUCCAGUCCAUUAUAAAUUCGAGUAUGGUGUACAUAAUCCUCACACUAAGGACAUAAAAUCACAAUGGGAGGAAAGACAUGGUCACUACGUUAAAGGAGCUUAUACUUUACAAGAGGCUGAUGGCACUUAUAGGAUUGUUGAAUAUACCGCUGGACCUCACACAGGAUUUCAGGCUGUUGUCAUCUUCUCUUUCUCAAUUUUUUCUGCUGCUGUCCUUGCUCAUGAAGAACAUCAUGCUCCUGCCCAUUACAAAUUCGACUAUGGUGUACAUGAUCCUCAUACUCAUGACGUGAAAUCUCAAUGGGAACAUAGAGAUGGAGACCACGUAAAAGGAGCUUACACCUUGAAAGAAGCUGAUGGUACUACCAGGUUGGUGGAAUACACUGCUGGACCUCAUUCUGGAUUUAACGCUGUUGUAAAGAGAAUAGGUCAUGCUCAUCAUCCAGCUCAUUAUGGUCACCAUGGAGCAGCCCAUCAUGCUGGACAUGGAGGAGAUAGUUUUGUUGGAGUGACUCAUUGGGGUUUCCAACACUGAU